GCCUAUACUCUUAUCCCGCUCGUGCUACUGAAAGCUUAUUUGACGUGAGCACGAAGCAGACGGAGGAGAUAGAGAGGUUGAAGUCGUUGUAACAGUUGGACAUGGCGGGAGUUCUCGGAGCCUCUUCUGCAGCUAUAGUUUCUCAUAAAAUGCACACUACUCCGUCCUUAAAAGCUCCGAUUCUCUCUCUUGCUUCAAUCUUAGUUCAGAUUCGUGGAAAGAAGCUUUUUGGGGGUUUCGAAAUUCCUCUUAAUAAGGGAAGAACUCAUCUCCAGCUUACUGUUACCAAUGUAGCUACAGAAACCGCCCCUAUCGAGCAGGCCCAGAAAAUUGCUUCUAGGGAAAGCCAGAGGCCGGUGUAUCCUUUCGCCGCUAUUGUAGGACAAGAAGAGAUGAAGUUGUGUCUUCUGUUAAAUGUGAUAGAUCCCAAGAUUGGGGGUGUCAUGAUAAUGGGUGAUCGAGGUACUGGGAAAUCCACCACUGUCAGGUCUCUGGUGGAUUUACUUCCAGAAAUCGAGGUUGUCAAAGGAGACCCAUUCAACUCUGAUCCAGAAGAUCCAGAAUCCAUGGGCAUGGAAGUCCGAGAGAAAGUUUUAGCUGGGGAAAAAUUCCCAGUCACAAGGACCAAAAUCACUAUGGUGGAUUUGCCUCUUGGUGCAACUGAGGAUAGAGUUUGUGGAACAAUUGAUAUUGAGAAGGCCCUAACAGAAGGUGUGAAGGCAUUUGAACCUGGUCUUCUGGCUAAAGCCAAUCGAGGAAUUCUUUAUGUGGAUGAAGUUAACCUUCUGGAUGACCAUUUGGUGGAUGUACUUCUUGACUCUGCUGCCUCUGGAUGGAACAUGGUUGAGCGAGAGGGAAUAUCAAUUUCACAUCCUGCUCGUUUUAUUCUAAUAGGUUCUGGAAACCCUGAAGAAGGUGAGCUCAGGCCACAACUUCUUGAUCGUUUUGGAAUGCAUGCACAGGUGGGGACGGUGAGGGAUGCUGAACUCAGAGUGAAGAUCGUGGAGGAGAGAGCUCGGUUUGAUCGAAAUCCUAAAGAGUUCCGUGAUUCCUACAAGAUAGAACAAGAGAAGCUCCAGCAACAGAUUUCAUCGGCCAGGAGGUCUCUUCCUUCUGUUCAGAUCGACCGUGAUCUGAAGGUAAAGAUCUCUAAGGUCUGUGCUGAACUGAAUGUUGAUGGAUUAAGAGGAGAUAUUGUGACAAAUAGGGCUGCUAAAGCCCUGGCUGCUCUGAAAGGAAGAGACAAAGUAACGGCUGAUGAUAUAGCUACUGUCAUUCCCAACUGCUUAAGACAUCGGCUUCGAAAGGAUCCAUUGGAGUCAAUUGAUUCUGGUUUGCUUGUCAUGGAGAAAUUCUAUGAGGUUUUUACCUGAGGGAGUACCAGGAAAGGACUAAUUGUUGGAAUUUAGAUUUGAUUCAUCUGAGAGUUGAUUUCGGAGCUACGAUCUAGAGCCAGCUGCUAGAUGAGGUGGCAACUGAAGACCUAGUUUCCUUUUGAGGCUUUGUUUGGAUUGUGGGAGUCCAAAUGGCCAGAAAUUUGCUUUAUUCAUGUUAUGUUUGGUGGAGAUACUUGGCCAUCUUGUGAAUCACAUCCUCAAUCUUAGUUCCAUGACCAGUGGGACUUGAGACCACAUAUGCUGUUGGAGUUUGAUUUCCAUUGAGAUCUGGGAAUGUAGUUGCCAAAAUGGGAAUAUGAUCUGCAUUCUGGAACAAUUAUCUUCACCAGAUUCAAAGUGCAAGCAGGCCAAUUAACUGCUGUUUGGACUCUUAGAAUUCAAACUGUAAGCAAGAGAUUCUUGUACUAGGAACGAAUGACUAGCAAUUCAGAGAGAAUAUUGUGUGUAGGUACAUACAUCAAGUAAGCCAAUGGUGUAACCAGUGAAAAAGUUGUUGGUAAUUUGGUGAGACAAUAUCAUAUCUAGAUCCGAAUUCAAAUUAUACCUAAAAUUGGAUGUAAUUGAUAUAGGGAGAAGACCUUGUAGAUAACUGAUUUUUAAAUGUAAUAAUUUCUCUGACGGAGUUGGAAAACAA